AUGGCGUACGCUGACUCACCAGAAAAUGCGAUCGCUGUCAUCAAGCAACGUACAGCAUUGAUGAACAGGUGUCUUUCUCAACACAAAUUAAUGGAAUCACUGCAGCACACCUCCAUAAUGCUGACGGAAUUGAGAAAUCCGAACUUGUCACCCAAGAAGUAUUACGAACUCUACGUUAUUAUUUUCGACUCAUUGACUAAUUUAUCCACUUAUCUUAUAGAGAACCAUCCUCAGAACCAUCAUUUAGCAGACCUUUAUGAACUGGUCCAGUACACCGGUAACGUGGUACCCAGACUUUACCUAAUGAUCACAGUCGGGACAAGCUAUCUGACCUUCAGUGAUGCUCCCAAGAAGGAGAUUUUGAAGGAUAUGAUUGAAAUGUGUCGUGGUGUGCAGAACCCAAUAAGAGGUUUGUUUCUACGCUAUUAUUUAUCUCAGAGAACCAAAGAAUUACUGCCGGAGGACGAUCCAUCCUUCAACUCUCAAUUCAUCAUGAAUAAUUUCAUCGAGAUGAACAAGCUGUGGGUGAGAUUACAACACCAGGGACCAUUGCGUGAGAGGGAAACAAGAACCCGUGAAAGAAAAGAGCUGCAAAUCUUGGUAGGAUCUCAACUAGUCCGUCUUUCACAGAUUAUCGACGACAAUUUCCAAAUGUAUAGGCAGGAUAUCUUGCCCACCAUCUUAGAGCAAGUAAUUCAAUGUAGAGACUUGGUGUCUCAAGAGUAUCUCUUGGAUGUCAUUUGUCAGGUCUUCACAGACGAGUUCCAUUUGAAGACAUUGGAUACUUUAUUGCAAACGACUUUGCACUUAAACCCUGAUGUUUCAAUAAACAAAAUUGUGCUCACUUUGGUCGAUCGAUUGAACGAUUAUGUUACGAGGCAAUUGGAGGAAGAACCUAACACCACCUCCUCAAACGCCUAUUUAGAUAUGGACGUGUUUGGUACGUUCUGGGACUACUUGACCCUAUUGAACAAUGAAAGACCAGAUCUAUCGUUGCAACAGUUCAUCCCUCUAGUUGAAAGUGUGAUUGUUUUAAGCUUGAAAUGGUACCCUAAUAAUUUUGAAAAUUUGAACAAACUAUUUGAACUGGUUUUACAAAAAACCAAGGAUUUUGGUCAGAAGAAUAUUUCUUUGGAGUCAGAACACUUGUUCCUAGUUUUAUUAUCCUUCCAGAGCAGUAAACUACAGUUAACUUCACCAUCUGCAGCAUCGCCAAGCCCACGUAUCACAUCCAAAAAGUAUUUCAUUUUUCAAUUAAUCUCUCAGUGCCAAGCAUACAAAAACAUCCUAGCUUUGCAAAGCAUCAGUCUGCAAAAAAAAGUUGUCAUUGAGAUUUUGGACAUUUUAAUGGAUGAAGAAAAUGAAGAAUCAGCAGAGAAUGAACCAGAAUCGAAGUUGCACCCACCAGGCCACUCCACGCCUUUGGUUAUUGAAGAUAAACUGCAAGUUCAACGCCUUCUAUCGAUCUGUGAGCCUCUAAUAAUCUCACGAAGUAGGUCAACUAUGAACGCUGCUUCCUCAGAAGCCAAUAUCGACGAAGUAUUUUUUAAUAGACAUGAUGAAGAAGAAUCGUGGAUAUUGGAUCCAAUUCAAGAAAAGUUAGCCCAUUUGAUUCAUUGGUUAAUGGGCACUAUUUCCAGGAAACAAACAUCGAAAAAUAUAUCCCAAUUUAGCUUAGAGGCGCAAUUGGAAAUAUUACUACUUAUCAAAUCUUCAUUUAUUAAAGGCGGUAUCAAUGUUAAAUACACUUUCCCAGCCAUCAUAACCAAUUUUUGGAAAUUGGUUAGGAAAUGUCGUAUGAUACAAGAGUACCUUUUGAAAAAAAGGCCCGACAAUAAGACAUUGUUAUCUCACUAUUCCAAUCUUUUGAAGCAAAUGUUCAAAUUUGUUUCACGGUGUAUCAAUGAUAUUUUCAACUCUUGUAAUAACUCAUGCACUGAUUUGAUUUUGAAGUUAAACUUACAAUGUGCCACUUUGGCUGAUCAAUUACAGCUUAAUGAAAUCUCAUAUGAUUUUUUCUCACAAGCUUUCACGAUAUUUGAAGAAUCUCUAAGUGAUUCAAAGACCCAGUUGCAAGCUUUAAUCUAUAUGGCUCAAUCUCUACAAAAGACAAGAUCCCUUUACAAGGAAACUUACUACGAUUCGUUGAUUGUCAGGUGUACGCUGCACGGGUCCAAAUUAUUGAAAAAGCAGGACCAAUGUCGUGCCGUUUAUUUAUGUUCUCACCUCUGGUGGGCAACAGAAAUUUCAAAUAUCGGCGAAGAAGAGGGUGUCACAGAUAACUUUUACAGGGAUGGCAAACGUGUGUUAGAAUGUCUACAAAGGUCACUUCGUGUGGCAGAUUCUAUAAUGGAUAACGAACAAAGUUGUGAGCUAAUGGUCGAGAUAUUAAAUAGAUGCCUCUACUAUUUCAUUCACGGUGAUGAAGCUGAAACUCACAUUUCUAUAAAAUACAUUAAUGGCUUGAUUGAGCUGAUCAAAACUAACCUGAAAUCGCUGAAACUAGAAGAGAACAGUACCUCCAUGAUAACAAAUUCAAUCGAUGAUUUGCACAUUACUGGGGACAAUAAUGUAAAGGCAAACACCAAUAUUGAUGAUGGGUCUAUAAACACAGAUAAGGAUACUAAUGUAGCUAUAGGAUCAGAUGGUACAUAUAUUCAACUCAACACACUAAACGGAUCUUCUACACUAAUACACGGAAUCGUAACUACAGCGUCUGGUAGUAAGUUAUUACACCAGCUGAAGUAUAUCCCCAUCUAUCAUUUUCAACGCACUUGUGAGUACAUUGAAAGUCAAAGAGAGGUUGAUGAUCGCUUUAAAGUCAUAUAUGUAUAG